AUGGGUGGGAAGGGAAAGAAGGGGGCCAAAGGGGCCAGCAGCUCGCCAGCGAGCUCACACGAGGAAGCCUUGUGUGUGUCGGUGGCAACACAGCCACGACAUUAUGAGUACGUUGCCAAGAUUGCUGCAGAUGCUUUAAGUCCAGCCAAUCGAGCUGCUUCGACCAAAGGCGACGGCAAAGCUGCAGCAACGAUCGGCGGCGGUGGCAAAGAUGCCAGUAAGGGCAAAGUUGCAGCCAGCCAGGGCACUGCCACAGGAGCUGCCAUGAUCAAAGGCGACGGCAAGGCUGCAAAGGGCAGCGGAGGUAAGAAUGCAAAGGGCAACGGUAAGGAUGCAAAGGGCAGCGGUAAGAAUGCAAAGGGCAGCGGUAAGAAUGCAAAGGGCAGCGGUAAGGAUGCAAAGGACCACAGCGGUGGUAAGGAUGCAAAGGGCAGCGGUAAGGAUGCAAAGGGCGGCAAGGAUGCAAAGGGCAGCGGCGGUGGUAAGGACGCAAGUUUGAAGGGCAGCGCGGGUGAUCAGGAUGCAAAGGGCAGCGGCGGCGGUAAGAAUGCAAAGGGCGGUGGUAAGGAUGCAAAGGGCAGCGGUGGUAAGGAUGCAAAGGGCAGCGGUAAGGAUGCAAAGGGCAGCAGCUCGGAUGCAAAGGGCAGCGGUGGUAAGGAUGCAAAGGGCAGCGGUGGUAAGGAUGCAAAGGGCAGCGCCAAGGGCGGUGGUAAGGAUGCAAAGGGCAGCCAUGAUGGAGCAAAAGGCAAGACCACGAGUAAGGAUGCACGCGUGCCCAGCGGCACGCCAGCAUCGGUUGGGAAAGGAGUUGGCGGUCACGACAGCAGCCCCGAGCACCCACGCACCCCGCCGCCAAAGUCGGCAGCACCCAGCCCGAUGACUGGUACUCCCCCAAGUGAGCCAUCCUCCGUGGGAACACCGGCUGACAUGACGAAGCCGACGGGCAAAGGAUCCAAAGGCAGCCACUUGAAGGGUAAGGGUCAGAGCGAGCAGCCGAACGGCAAAGGCAAAAGGAAGGCUGCAUCAGGGGAUGAGGAAGAUCACAGUGUGCGCCGCAAGGUGUCCUUCGGAGAAGGCCACAUUUAA